AUGCCACAAGCAGCUCUGCCCAGGAGGGCCGACCCCACUGAGCUGAAAGCCAUUUUUGAAAAGUACGCCAGCGUCAGGAAGAAUGGCGAGUCGCCAGAGGACUUUGUGGGCCGGUUCCUCCGUACGGCCGGAGUGUUGGAUCAGAAGAAAGAUGGGUUGAUCUGCUUCCAGGAGUUUGUCGCGUUCGAGUCGGUGCUUUGUGCCCCGGACUCCCUCUUCAUGGCGGCCUUCCUUCUGUUUGAUAAGGCAGGCAGUGGAAGGACCACCUUUGAGGAUGUGAAACAUGUCUUCAGCCAGACCACCUUCCACCAGCACAUCCCCUUCAACUGGGACUGUGAGUUCAUACGGCUGCACUUUGGCACCCGGAGGGACAGGCAGCUCAUCUACGCAGAGUUCACCCGCUUUCUCCUGGUAGGAUUCAUGUCACGGGCCCUUCUCCACCGAUCUGCCGACAUGAAAUCACCCUUCUUUGCUUUUCCUUGUUGUUGUCCCCGUCUUGUGUGUAAGACAGAGGAAGUGACGAGGCACCGGUUUGUUUACGGCCGCUCUGCAGACUUGUGGUUGCAGGUACCGAUAAUGGCCGCUAAUUCCAAAGGCCCCUGCGGGACGCGUCCUCACCACAGCCUGCUCUUGUCCCCGCGGACCUCUGAGUGUGUGCGCGAGAAGAGAGAAAAAGCCUCGACCCCCCCCAGCUGGAACACGCGUGGAAAGGCUUUCAUCCAGCGGGACCGAGCCCACAGCGGCUCCAUCUCGGCACUGGACUUCAGGGACAUCAUGGUCACCGUCCGGCCGCACAUGCUCACAUCCUUCGUGGAGGAAUGCCUCGUGGCGGUCGCGGGGGGCAGCACAUCUCACCAGGUCAGCUUUUCAUUCUUCAACGGCUUCAACUCACUUCUCAACAACAUGGAGCUGAUGAGAGAGACCUACGGCGCUCUGGCCGGCCACCGGCGAGAUGUGGAAGUCACUAAAGAGGAGUUCAUCGCGGCUCAGAGGUUUGGUCAGGUGACACCUAUGGAGGUCAACAUCCUCUUUCAACUGGCUGACCUGUCAGAGCCCCGCGGAUGUGUUGGUUUAGUGGACAUUGAGCAGAUCGCUCCGCUGGAGGAAGGCGCCCUUCCCUACAACUUGGCUGCGGUCCAGAGACAGCAGUUGGGCAUCGGCGUCCCCCGCCCCGUCCUGGUCCAGGUGGCGGAGUCGGCCUACAGGUUCGCCCUUGGCUCAGUGGCAGGGGCGGUGGGUGCCACAGCAGUGUACCCCAUUGAUCUGGUGAAGACGCGCAUGCAGAAGCAGAGGACCAGUGGCUCCCUGGUGGGAGAGCUCAUGUACAAAAACAGCUUUGAUUGCUUCAAGAAAGUGGUGCGCUACGAGAGCGCCUUUACCGAGUAUGCAGGUCUCGUACCACAGCUACUGGGUGUGGCGCCCGAGAAAGCCAUAAAGCUCACAGUGAAUGACUUUGUGAGAGGAAGACAGAGGGACGGAAACGUCCCGUUGGCAGCUGAGAUCAUGGCCGGUGGAUGUGUUGGUGGCUCCCAGGUGAUCUUCACCAACCCGCUGGAGAUUGUAAAGAUCCGUCUGCAGGUGGCAGGAGAGGUCACAGCGGGGCCGAGGGUCAGUGCCCUGUCCGUCAUCAGGGACCUCGGCUGCUUUGGGCUCUACAAGGUGGGAAACAUGGUUUGGGUCUGCAGCAUGGUUUUUAUGUAUUACGCACAUCUGUGCACUCACGCCUUGGUUCCAAACAGGGCCUGUUUUCUGAGGGACGUCCCCUUCUCAGCCAUCUGCUUUCCCUGCUACGCCCACCUGAAGGCUCACCUCAGUGAGGACGACGGAGGCAUAGGACCGGCCCAGAUGCUGUUGGCUGGAGCACUGGCAGCUCGUGUGUUCAGAUCCUCGCCUCAGUUUGGAGUGACCUUGGUGACCUAUGAACUCCUGCAGCGGAGGACGGUGAGUCCCGCGCUCCUCACGAGACGAGCCUUUUCUAUGUCGUCACUGUCACCACUGGAUUCUCAACCAACACUUUCCCUAAUCUACCAGUGUUACGAUUUAAUAACUGUGAUAAAACUCUUGUCUGUGCACGCUCACUCUCUCACGCUGCGUUUGUUGUUUCCCCCCCCUUUUAACUCUCACCACUCCUCACCUUUCCCGCCAUCUUCCUCCAUUAUUCAACGCUCUCUCUCUCGCGGUGCCUCUCCCCCACCCCCCCCAGCCUCGCCCUCUCUCCCCCUCUCCCCACACCACAGAAAGCCGGCUGGCUCAGAGCCCACCCCGAAGUCUCGGAUCAGCCUGCCGGCGCCCAACCCCGACCACAUCGGGGGCUUCAGGUUGGCCGUGGCCACGUUUGCUGGCAUUGAGCGCCGGUUCGGUCUCCAUCUCCCACGCUGCUCGGUGGCGACGGCGGCAGAGGCCCCCGAUGAGAGAGCCCCCCUCAACCUCCGUGGUUAAAGGGAGAAAGGGGGGUGGUGGGGUAUAUGAGCAAGAUGGGGCUUGUAUGAUAAGUUGGUACAUGUAACCAUACGGACUAGUGAGCUGAUUCCAGAGGGCGCUUUGUGGCACUCGGACUGUAAACGUUUCUCUCUGACGCCGUAUAGAGCUGUAUUAUAACGUGGGUAUGUCUUUCAUACGGUGAAGUUUAAACACGCCCGAGCUGCUUGCUUUUCUUGGAAUAUAUUAUCAAACACUACAUACAGUUACAGCUUUUGUGUGAUGUGUACAUAUGAGAAAUCCAGGGAUGAAUAUUUUAAUAUCCAUAGACAUUUUUGUUAAUAGUGCUCAUUUGAUCAUAUUCCUCCACAGAUAUGAGCAAAGAUGACUUGAAUGUACACAACGCUCCCUGUGAGAUGUUUGGUUUCACCGCUAAAUGUAUGCAGAUGUUUAAAUCUCAGACAGCUGGCAUCCACUGCCGUUCUGAGUUGUGUCACGACUAAGUAUUAGAAAUGUGUACAGUACAGAGCAUGUAGGAGUUACACGC